GGUAGACUUGCUUUCCAUUUACAUAAUUUGUCCACCAAAGCACUCUUCUGUCUGAUUUUUUUGUUUCAUGUUUUUAUAAAUAUUUUUUUCUGAAAUUUUGGAAAGAAGCAGUUAAUUUGGUUUGGUUUGACGAAUCAAUGUCUAUUUAUUAUAAACGUAACCUUAGAAGACUGUGAAGCAGGUUCGAAACUAGUAAUCGUUUAAUUUGGUAAUUGGACUAUUAACCCUUAAUUUUGAUUUUACCGUUUUAUUCCACAGCUUUUCGACAUGGGGAAACGUAAAUUAGCACCUCAAUCUUCUAUAAAUUCUUAUUUUGAUGACUCUGAGUAUAAAAAACAAAAAAAUAAAGACCCUACAGUAACAGACGGCAAAUUGACUUGGGAGAUUACAGAGUCUUUGUACAUAGCAACGUAUGGAAAACCUAAGAAAUCCGAAAAAGUUGCUACAUUUGAUCUGGAUGGGACCUUAAUAAAAACCAAGUCGGGUCGAGUUUUCGCCAAAGACGCAGGAGAUUGGCUCUGGUGGCAUCCGAAUGUCGUUCCAACUUUAAAAAAGUUGGAUUCCGAGGGCUUCUCUAUUGUCAUUUUCAGUAAUCAGAAUGGAAUUCCUAGACGCGCAUCAACGGGACAUCAGUUUCAAAUAAAAGUUCGUGCUAUAUUAGAGUCACUGGAUCUUCCUGUAAUUCUAUAUGCCGCAUUGUUAAGAGAUAAGUAUCGUAAGCCUUUGCAAGGUAUGUGGGAUCACUUUGUAGAAAGGUGGGCUCAUCCGAUAGACAAAUCUCUUGCUUUUUUUGUUGGCGAUGCCGCAGGACGUCCUCGUAAUCAUAACUCUACCGACCUCAAGUUUGCCGAGAAUAUUGGUAUAAAAUUUGAUACUCCAGAGCAUUUUUUUACAGGCGAGCCCUUUGAUCGCCCAGAUUUUUCUUCAUUUCAUCCAAAAAUGUUCCUUCAAGAGGAUAAAACCUCCCAGCCUUAUAAAUUUGUACCAGCAAAACAUCAAGAAAUUGUUGUCCUUGUUGGUUAUCCAGCUUCUGGUAAAAGCACUCUAUGUGAAUCGCAAAUAGUGCCUUUUGGAUAUCAACGAGUUAAUCAAGAUGCUCUUAAAACUAAAGCACGUUGUGUAAAAGCAGCAGUGGAAGCAUUAAAAAAUAAUAAAUCAGUCGUUAUUGAUAAUACCAGUCCUACUUAUGAGGCUAGAGAAGUUUGGGUUAAGCUAGCUAAAGAAUUUAAUGUUCCCGCGCGUUGUAUUUAUUUAGAAGUACCUGAACAAUUGGCUAAACACAAUAACACUUUUAGAUAUAUUCAGCAAGAGAUUAAAGGCCUACCAGAAGUGGCGUAUGUUUCGUUCCGCUCAAAGUUUCAAAAGCCAAGCGUCAAAGAGGGAUUUGAAAGCGUAGAAAGCGUUCCAUUUAGAUGCCUUCCGGAACUAGAAGAAAAGUGGAAUCAGUGGUAUGAAUGAACGAAUUAACAAAUGAGAAAGCCUUCAAUACUAUAAUUUAUCUUCAAUACUAUAAUUUAUUAUCUUUUAUCCCUAAAAUUCUAAUUACUAUGUCACCG